AUCGUGUCGCUCGCGGUGUCUCGAGUUGGCGUCCGCCGGGAAGGCGGGGCUGGGGCUUGCACAUGGCCCCUCUGCCGGGGGCAGAGCUGGUCCAGACACCGCUGCAGCUGUACCGUUACUUGUUGCGUUGUUGCCGGCAGCUGCCAACCAAGGGCAUCCAGGAGCACUACAAGCAUGCUGUCAGGCAGAGUUUCCGAGUUCACUCAGACGAAGACAACCCCGAGAGAAUCAGGCAGAUUAUUAAAAGAGCCAUUGAAGAUGCUGACUGGAUCAUGAACAAGUAUAAGAAGCAAAACUGAGUAUCUGGAGCUCACAGUGCAGCGCCCUGGAGACUCUUGGAACUGAGAAACAUCUCUGAUUUUGGAACUAAGGAGCAGCAUCAGUUCCAGAAUAUUCUUUGACCUUGUUGGCUGAAAGCAAGAAAUCCUCGCUGACAUUUGGUCAGGUGGCUCUCAUCAUUGCCACCAUGUCUCCAGCAUCUUUUAUGUCUGCUUUUCCAGACAGAAACGAUAUGCAAUUUGGGGAGAAUUUGGUGUUCUUUUGCUUCUUCUCUGUGUUUCUCAUUUUUGCCUAUCUCUUCUUUUACUUUGCUCUGAAGGCAAUUAAUUUAUUCUGGAGGUCCCGUUACCCACCUCCAAGCCCCAGAAGAGAUGUCCCCUCAGAUGACCACCUGUAUAGAAAGAAAAGAGUAGGCUUGAGAACCAGGCAGGUAUGGAUCUGAAUCCCAGCUUCUGUCAGGUGCCUCCUGGGUGAGCCUGGGUGAGGUGACAGUGAUGUGCCUCACACCAGCUUCAUGCACAGGGACUUUGCCAGGAAGCCGCUGCGCUGCCCUUCCCCAGCUCCUCGUCCUGUUCAGUGACUCAUCUGUGAGUUUGUCUUGUCCCCUCUCAGAGUCCCAGGAGCUCUCUUAUCUGUGCCAUGCUGUGUCUGUCAGUCUGUUACGUAGCUGCUCCUCCUGACAGUCCCUCCCAACAUGCUCCAGGCAGAAGCCCUGGCCCUUGAGGUGGGGAAACACCUACCACACGAGACCAGCAAAAAGGUGCAAGUGGUCAAUGUAGACACCAGCAGGUCCAGGCUUCUGUGCUCCACAGUGUGUCCUCACAGGAGAGGAGAGCGGGUCCAAGGAGAAGUGGCCCAAAUGGGCGAAGUAGCCAGAAGAUGCAGAGAAGCCACACUGGGAGUUGAAUAUCCAUGGGGCACUCAGUCAGCAGGAUGAGCUAGCGCCUGCCUGUGUCCUUGCAGUUAUGCGAGAUGAUGUGACCUCUGUCUUUGCAGAAGUGACUGACAGUCCUGAAGCAGGUGUGUCCAUUUGUGAAGCUCACAGUUUUCUUCCUCUUCUUUCUAUUUAUUCAGACAGGAUCUCAUUGUGUACCCUGGCAGGCCGUGAACUUUUGAACUUUCAGCAGUCUUUCUGUCUAGGCCUCCAAGCACCUAGAUACAGGUUUGCCAUAACACCUACAAUUGCUGCUGCUGCUGCCUCUUGUUGUUCUCUUCCUGCUGUUCCUCCUCUUCCUCUUCCUCCUCUUCCUCAUCUUCUUCCUCCUCCUCCUUCUUCUUAUUAUAUUUUUAUUUAUUUGUAUGUAUACACAUGUGAGAAUAUGCAAACCAUGAUAAAUGUUUGAGUCAGGACAAUUUG